AGUGUUUUUUUUCAUUUGUUUCACUUUUCAAAUUUUGUCAUGGAGUUCAAAUAUCGUGAUGGUCAAAUCCGAAGGACACCAUCACCAUUACGGAGCCCUCUUCCUUCCAACUCCUAUGUCUCCAAUCGCCCAUUACAUGGGUGUGACUUUGCAUCAGGUGGCUUUCCUAGCAAUGUUUCAGCGCCUAGAGUUUUCCCAAUGAUCAUGCCGAUCAAUGUCAACGGAGUAUUCCAACGAGAGUUGGAGAAAGAGAAAAUAUGGCGAGAGCUAGAGAAGGAAAAAAUCAGGAGAGAAAUCAUUGCUCGUGAGAUGGCUUUUGCACAACGACGAGAGUUGGAAGACGAAGUGAGAAAGGAAAUGGAAUUAGAGAGAACAUUCAGAAUCCCGAUGCAAAGAUCAGAGGGGAUUGCAUUUCGAGAACCAAUUUCAGAGUCUAUUAAUCAUAGUCGGUUGAAUAACAUUACCAUGUUUGGUGGGCUACCAUUCCAUUUAUCGUCCCAAGCUUCUAAGCAAAUUCACACGGAUAAUAUCCAAUUUGAUAACAAAGAAGCUUCUAAUAGCAAGGAUAAAGUGAUUAUAUUGAAUAAGCCAGAUGAUCAUUGUGGAGAAAAGCGCAAAGCAGUAACACUUGCAAUUGAUGACAAUGAGAGUCUACAGAAGAAAGUCAAGAAGGAGUGGACUUGCGAGUUGUGUCAAAUUUCUACAACAAGUGAGAAAGGCUUGAAUGAUCAUAUUCAAGGGAAAAAACAUAAGGCUAACAAAGAAUCCACUAGAACUCAAAAAAUAGGGCUGGAUUCAAGAUCAGAAAGAGAAACACUUCAUCCUUGUUUAACACCCGCGAACGAUCAAAAUGAAACAACUACUAUUAAACAAGCACAGGAAACAAGCGCACCGUCAAAAGGGAAGAAAUUUGAAUUUUGGUGUGAGCUUUGUCAAGUUCAAACUCAUUCAGAAAUUGUCACGCAAAGUCAUAAGAAUGGAAAAAAACACUUGAGAAAUAUGAAGAAAUUGAAUCACAACAAUGAUGGUGUUGCAAAUCUUGGAUAACAAUACAACCCAUGUUAUAUGUUGUGUAGUGUGUACCUUCAUAAAUGUUUAUUUCUUUCAUUUAUUAAA